UCGUACAACUACGAACGAAGUUCAAGUUCGAUCCUCAAUGAUGUCUCGCACUUUUCUUGUUCUCCUGUUCGCCGCCAUUGCCUACAUUGGCGUGAGCGAAGGUGCUGCGUGUGGCGUUAAUGAAGUGUUCAGGGAGUGCGCAUCCGCGUGCGAACCAAAAUGCGGUGAACCACAAGUCGCCUGUAUUGAGGUGUGCGAACCAGCUGCUUGUCAAUGUAAACUAGGACACGCGAGAAAUUCCGCAGGAAAAUGUGUCUCUCGCGACCAGUGUUAAUUAAGGAAACUUCGUCCUGUUGGAUACUUCAGGAAAUUUAUAGGUGAAGGUAACUUCAGUGUUAUGAUCGGCAAUAAAUGAUAUCGUGAUUACUACA